GCUCGUGGAUCCAGGAAUGUUAUCUAAGUGAUGUCAUUUUACAAUACUAAUUGAACGUAUCAUGUAAACGGACAGAAGAGAACUUGAUCACUAGGCCUUCUGUCUCUUUAAUUGUCUGACAAACUGCUUUAGAUGGUAACUAUGAAACAGAGUUUGUUAAUGAUGAGGAUAUAACAUCACUGAACAGUCAGAGAUAAACAAAUUAUAACCGAGACGUGAUUUCAACCCAAUGAACCAACGACAUCGGAAAAUCAAAGUCAUCAGUGGACAAACGUCAUCAAAUAAACCAACGUCAUCUUUGAGCCAUCGUCAUCAGUGAACAAACUUCAUCAAUUAAUCAACAGUUAAUGAAACGUCAUCAGUGAGUAUUUCACCGCAGAAAGUUGUGGCUUUAUCAGCUGAAAACAGGCAUGUGCAAAUAUAUUUUUCUGAAUUAAUAAAGGAUUUCUACCCAGAGAAAGUUUACGAACUUUAGUACAUGAAUGACGACAGGUGUUCUGUUGGAACAGACACCUAUAUUAAAAGAUUAUUUAUGCGUCAUCACCUUCUCUUUACGAACUUUAAAUCUUUAUACGUACAGCGUGUAUAUAUAUCGUCUUGUUUGAUUUGAGACUUAUAUGAAAUGAACCUUUAUAAAGAACACACCUGCAUGAUGGCACGCUGUGGAAAGGGGCGAGCACGAGAUCGGCAGACAUAUUGACCGAACUUUUAGCUUUUAUGUACAAUUAUGUACAUAUAAGUAAAAUAUACAUAGAUAUGUCUAAAGCAUGUGUAGCCGCAUGCAACAGUGUAUCCGGAAGUGAGUUGUUGAAUGAAGCACUGCUAACGAGAUCCUGUCUGGUUUAACCACGUGUGUGGAGUAGUGGGUUCAAUCCACGAUAAGAAUAUAGUAAAUGACUGUAAACAGCCUGUAAAUCUGAAGUUAUUGUGGAUAUUUUAAUGGCGGACGAUGUUCUUUAUAUGUGAGGAUUACUCGACAUCUAAUUUACGAUGAAAGAGUUUGUGUGGAAGUACUUGGAUACAUACUACUGGACAAUCAGUCUGAGGAAUAAGAUUACAAUUCAUUACGAAAACCUCCUGAGGGAGUGAUCGGUUUAGUAUUUACUUACAAUGGAGGCCCUUGUUUGUCAAUAUUGUAAAGGAGAGUGAUUUUAAGGCAAAGACAAGGACACCUUUUACUUGACUAGUUCAGAUUAGCACAGUGUGUCACGGACUGUCGUUGUGUUUAAUGCGUUGGAAGGCGGAUAUAUCUGUUUUCAGAAAAUCAAAAUCUUAUGUAUCAUGUUAUAAGAUGUAAUUAUUAAGUACAUGUUUGAAACUCGAUGCCCGAACACCAUAUCUUACUUCUUCGGAUGAAUCUUAGUCAAUGUAUGUAAUUUAAAGUAGAAUUAUUCAUGUUUCAAAUAUCGUUUUAUCAUAAUUGAAUUAAUUGGCUAUACAUUGCGAUUAGAUAUAAAAUUUUGUCCUGAAAAAAUUCGAUAUUUAAAGAAUUUUGAACAAAAUUUAGAACGUUCCUACGACCCCUUCAUCAAUGUUUCUCAUAGCAUUGCAAUGUCAAUAUGAAUUAGCGUAUAAUGUAAAUAAAAGAAACUCAAAAUUGCCUGCAUGAGAACACCCAGCAAUACAUCAAUCCUAUCAGCACUCAAUGCCAGGUCUUGAACCGGAAAUUAAAUUUACAAGAAUCAAUGCCGAAUGGCUUGUUCUCGUGCUCUUUGUUGAACACAUAAGCUGCUUCUUUUCCUGAAAGUCAAAAUCGUAUUAUUGCUAUAAAUGUGUAAUACAAGUUAAUAUUCAGAAGUUGGAAUUCACAUAAUUUGCAAGUUGCAGAUCGGAUUUGAGAAAAAAAUAAGAAAGAGUGACGGUAAUUAUAUCUGUCUUUGAAAAAAUCAAUAGAAAGGCACACAAAUCGCAUGUUUUUGAUGUAUUCGAAAAUUCGGGGACGUUUCUGCAGAACGUGUAACUGAGAGACAUUGACAUUGACAGCCCGACGGUGUAAGGUUAAAACCAUUGGAUUUUUUUUUUUAUAUUUCAAAACUUGUAAAGAUGGAGAUGUAUCUCACGUGCAGUGUUUUGUGUGUUUUGAUGAGCGCACAAAUAUGCUGUAGUAUUGACAUUGACGUCAUAUACCGAUGGCAAUCAUUAGACUAUGAAUGGCCGGAUACGGAAACCAGAAAACAGUUUGUAGCCAACGGUUCGUACAUAAAAGACAACAACCGUUUGGGAAACAUUAGAGUCUUUAACGGAAGUGUCUACGUCACCGUACCGCGCCUGCGCAAAGGUGUUCCUUCUUCACUUAAUAUUGUAGUGGAACAAAACAACACCGAUUCGCCACUGCUGCGUCCUUUUCCGAAUUGGGAAAUAAACCAAGGCAUCACAUGCGAUCACUUCCGGUUCGUUAAUGCAUUUGAAAUUGAUCCCAACACGGGAUGGAUGUGGAUAGUUGAUACCGGAUAUUACCCAGACGACACCGUCAGGCCUGAAGGUAAUUUGAAAUGUCCGGCAAAACUCGUAAUAUUUGAUUUAAUCAACAACACGGUGUUACAUGAACACUAUUUUCCUGGUCUCGUUGUUGGAUACGGAAACUUUUAUCUCAGUGACAUGGUUUUGGAUUUUACUGAUCAAGCAGUAACGCAUGCGUACAUAACAGAUACGUACGACUGGAAAAUGAUUGUGUACAACCAUAAUAUGAACUACUCAUACUCUUUCGUUCAUCCAUCGAUGAAUCCCGAACCUGGAAUUUCUAACAUAACAAUUUCUAACAAGACUGAGACUUUCAGAUACCUGGGUAUACGUGGCAUUGCAAUAUCGCCAGAUUUUAAGUUUGUAUAUUACACAGCUUUGGCCGGUCUUCGCUUGUUUCGGAUUCCGACAUCAGUGCUGAGGGAUUUCAAACAUGACAGUGUAUUUUUCGCUUUCAAUAACCAGAAGGUUGGGAAUAAACGUUCUCUGGGAGAAAGUUUGUACUGUAGCCAGGAAAGAAACCUUUUCUACAGUGCCCCUCGUGCUAUUUACAAAUGGUCUUUGUUGGACACUGAAGAUGCCAAUCUACCUUUGCCUAGCAACGUUACUUACGCAUCACAGUCCCUUGAAAUCACGAGUGAAGAAUUGAACUGGAUUCCAUCAUUAGCUAUAGACGAGGACAAGAACUUAUGGUUUACUAGUAGACCACUAGGAUAUAUUUCCCAUCAGAACAAUAGCAAAUGGAACUAUUUUGUUAUGCGGAGUGCUAUCGGUGAAAAGGCAUAUAUGGAUUUUAGUGUUGAGCCAAAAGGACUUGUUCAGGCCGCAGUAAUAUGUCAACCGUCUUUGUUGAUGAUACUGAUGUUUUGUGCGAUUGGGAUAUCGCUAAAUGUAUCUUAAAACAUUGUCAGAUAAUUGUCAUUUUGUACAUGAAUAGAUGAAUUCAAAUGUAUCCAAACAGUUGAUUUUGACUUAUCGCAUUGUAAAUGCACAUCGUCUGCUUUUGGUAUGAAACUGGGAAUGCCUGAAAUUUCUCAUAUUGUCUGAUUAUUUCUUCUCUUUUUAUUAAAUGUUCAGUUGUCGUCUUAGUGAUUGAUUUAUAAAACCUUACGUCUUAGUGCUACAUACAAGCCUAUGUUAUAUAUUUAUCAUGCAGCUGGCGGUGCCAUUGUCGGAAUACGCCUGCCACAUGUAUUUUGCUGUAAGCGGCAAUGACAGAAAAUAGUCUUAUUUUAUUGCAUGUGUGUGAA